GAGCAAGCGCUAGAUCGUGAUUGGUACGACAAUGAUGAAGGCGGGACGUUUCUUGAUGAAACUGGUGCAUACGAUCCUUUCUCGAGCCUUGGUGGAUCCGAGGCAUCGGAUAAACCAAAGAAGAGGAUCUCUGCCAGACAACAAGCGUGGGAUACAGACGACAAUAAAUGGAUAGAAAAUCAGCUUCUGAAUUCUGGUGUUGUCACAGCCAACGCUAGAGAGAAAGACGAAGAAGAAACUGCUGGCAAAGUUCAUCUGAUGGUGAGAGAUAUAAGGCCUCCUUUUCUUGAUGGCCGCGAAGUACACACGAAGAAACAGGAUGCCGUCGCGACUGUUCGUGACCCAACCUCUGAUCUUGCACAAAUAGCGAGGAAAGGAUGCCAAUCUAUUCGAACCUAUCGUGAGAAACGGGACUUGAACAAAUGUCGUGAACGCUUCUGGGAAGUCGAAGGCUCAAAGAUGGGAAAUUUGAUGGGCCUGAAGGAAAAACCGAAAGAUGACAAAGAAGAUGUACAGCAAUUGAAUGAAGAUGGAGAAGUCAACUACAAAGCUACAGCGCAGUUCAAGGAUCACAUGUCAGAGAAGGCAAGUCUAAAUAUUUCUUAUGAUUUUGCAAAAACUAAAACCAUAAAGCAGCAGCGAGAAAGUCUCCCCAUUUUCACUGUCCGUCACGAGCUUUUGAGGAUAAUUCGUGACAAUCAAAUCAUUGUCGUGGUCGGAGAAACAGGAAGCGGCAAGACAACACAAAUGGCACAAUAUUUACACGAGGACGGUUAUUCAAGUUACGGAAAGAUAGGUUGCACACAGCCUCGUCGCGUGGCUGCGAUGUCAGUUGCAAAGAGGGUGAGUGAAGAAGUUGGCUGUGAUCUUGGAGCUACAGUCGGUUAUGCGAUUCGUUUUGAAGAUUGUACCAGUGAAUCUACUCUGUUGAAGUUCAUGACUGACGGAAUACUUCUUCGCGAGACUCUGAACGAGAAGGAUUUGGACCAAUACUCCUGUAUCAUCAUGGACGAGGCUCAUGAGCGUUCUCUCAACACUGAUGUUCUUUUUGGUAUUUUGAGACAAGUGGUGUCUAGGCGUGUCGAUCUCAAGCUAAUAGUGACCUCUGCGACCAUGGAUGCCGACAAGUUCUCAGACUUUUUUGGUGGAGUUCCGGUGUUCCACAUUCCAGGCAGGACAUUCCCCGUUGAGAUCUUGCAUAGCAAAUCGCCCGUGGAAGAUUAUGUUGAAGCAGCCGUCAAGCAGGUCAUGCAAAUCCACGUGAGUUACGCGAAAGGAGACAUCCUUGUGUUUAUGACCGGACAAGAGGAUAUUGAUGCACGCGUGACCUCAUCUUUGCAGGAGCGACUUGACGAACUUAAGGCGGAUGGCGCGACUGUUGCUGAGCUUGACAUCAUGCCCAUCCACAGUAUGUUGCCGUCAGAGCUUCAGGCCAAAAUUUUCAAAGCCGUCAGCGGCGAUACACGAAAGCUGGUCGUUGCGACAAAUAUUGCGGAGACUUCACUUACUAUCGACGGGAUCAAAUAUGUCAUUGAUUGUGGCUUCUACAAACUCAAAGUCUACAACCCGCGAAUGGGAAUGGAUUCUCUUCAAGUCACCCCCGAAAGUCAAGCGAAUGCGCGACAGCGAUCGGGACGAGCUGGAAGGACUGGCCCGGGCAUCUGUUGGAGGCUCUUCACAGAGACUGCCUUUGACUUUGAAAUGCUUCAUAACACCAUCCCCGAGAUUCAACGGACAAAUCUUGGAAAUGUCAUUCUCCUCCUAAAGUCUCUUGGAGUCAACAAUCUUCUGGAUUUCGACUUUAUGGAUCCUCCACCGGAAGAGAACAUGUUGAAUUCGAUGUAUCAGUUAUGGAUUCUUGGUGCGCUUGGGAACACAGGAGAGAUCACUGCGUUGGGGAAGAAGAUGGUUGAGUUCCCACUUGAUCCUCCGCUGUCAAAGAUGCUCAUCCAGGCAGAGGAGCUGCGUUGCAAUCAGGAAGUCCUGACGAUCGUGGCGUGUCUCUCUGUGGGUGGGUUGAGCCACAUCUUCUAUCGCCCCAAAGAUCGUGCGGAGGAGAGCGACGCAGCGCGCGAGAAGUUUGCGGUGCCGGAGAGCGAUCACCUGACGAUGCUGCACGUCUUCCAGCAGUGGAAGGCGAAUGACUAUAGGGCAGACUGGUGCUCUUCCCACUUCCUGCAGGUCAAGUCGUUGAAGAAAGUGAGAGAGGUCAGGUCUCAACUGCAAGACAUCUGCGCCACUCAGAGCAUGUCGCUCUUCUCAUGCGCGCAUGACUGGGACAAAGUGCGCCAAGCUGUUUGCUCCGCCUACUUCAUCAACGCUGCAAGAAUGAAGGGAGUUGGAGAGUAUGAAAACUUGAGGACAGCAAUGAAAUGUUAUCUCCACCCGACUUCAUCCUUGUAUGGAAUCGGCUUCACGCCCGACUACGUGGUCUACCAUGAGCUUGUCCUGACCACCAAGGAAUACAUGCAGUGUGUUUCCGUGGUGGAUCCCUACUGGCUUGCGGAGCAGGGCCCCAUGUUCUUCCAGGUUAAGGAGAAUUCGUUCCAAGGAAGGAUGGCACAGAAGCGACGAAGUACGAGGAGAGAGAGGGUGAGAGAGGGUUAUGAAGAGAGAGAGAGAGAGAGAGAGAGAGAGAGAGAGAGAGAGAGAGAGAGAGAGAGAGCAAGAGAGAGAGAGAUGCGCAUGCAG